CUAAUAGAUGGGUGGGAUGAGAGCAAAUUUAUUCCAUUUUAAACAUGGCAUAGUUGAACUCAAAUUUACUCCAUCUUCCCUGGAACGAAACCAAAGAAAAACCACAUACAAAUCUUGUGUUUGCUGGUGUGUGAAAAUACAAGGCUGAGAUUAAGAAACUUAGAAACCCUUACGUCAGGGGAGUCUUCUUUCUUAUCCAGGCCUCCGGCGAAGCCAUCCUCAAGCUGCGCAAAUGGCGGCUAAACUGCACAACGUCUACCUUUUCUUCUACAACUCUCUUCAGGCAAUCGGAUGGGCAAUUUCACUUUGGAGAAUCUUGAUUAGCUUCGCCUCCAGGAAGUCUGUCAAUGGAGCUUAUGCUUCUGCUGGGGAGCUAAUUUGUUUUCUGCAAAGUGUGGCAUUCUUGGAGGUAUUCCAUGGCGCUAUAGGGAUUGUUCCUAGUGGAGUUUUACUUCCUUUGAUGCAAUGGGGUGGAAGAAUUCAUUUCCUAUUAGCUCUUGUGCGGUCGAUCAAGGAGGUCCAGGAAUUGCCAGCGGUUUUCAUAACAUUUUUCGCUUGGAGCCUAUCUGAAGUAAUUAGAUAUUCCCAUUAUGCCUUGAAUUGCAUUAUUAGCACUCCACCUUAUUGGGUCACUUUCCUCAGGUACACUGCAUUUAUCGUGUUGUAUCCAAUUGGAGUUGCACCGGGUGAAAUGUGGCUCAUGUAUCAGGCACUUCCUUUUAUCAAAGAGAGAAAUAUGUAUAGAGAUUUUCUCCCUUUCAGCUAUUAUAACUUUGUUGUGGUAUGUCUAACUCAGCAUAUGCUUUAGAAGUUCAUCUUCUUACAGUUUUUAUAGGCACUAUAGCCUUUUGGUUCUAAAUUGUAAUGCAAAAAUGGCUAAUUUAUGAACUCAUUUGGAUGCAGGUAUUGCUUCUCUUAUAUCCAGUUUUAUGGCUCAAACUUUACAUGCACCUGUUCAAGCAACGCCGUUCAAAAUUGGGUAAACUCCAGAAGAGAAAAAGAGAUCGCUAUUUGCAAAAACAAAAAAAAAGUCUUUCAAAAGAAAGGAGUAGAAAAGGUGAAGAUAUAGACAUCCCAUUGCAAGGAAGAAGACAUCUUGUGCAAAGAAGAGGAACAACAAAGAAGAUAGAUUUGGGGAUGGGAAAAAGGAGAAAAUAGAAGCAGACGGAGGAACCAUAUUUCCACUAUCCUACAGUAAAGGGUCUCGAAAUGGACCGUUUGAGGGCCGAAGCGGCGGAGGAAAGGGAGAGGAACAGAGAGUACGCCAAACAGCUGAUCCAUCUCCUGAAGAUCGCUUGCAAAGAGCGAGACGAAGCCAGAGACGACCUCCAGAAGCUCCUCGCUGCCGCCGGAAUGAUGGCAUCGUCGGAGUCAAACGCCGCCGGUUUCUCCGGCCGCCGCUCCUCCUCCGUCGAGUCGCUUCUGGACGCCGCCUCUCCUCCUCCUCCGCGGGAAGGUGGGGAAAUGUGGGGAGGAGUAAUGGAGGGCCUGGGGGAGGGGAAACCCCUCCCGCAGAACGGGAAGUUUCUCCAGGCGGUGCUGGAAGCGGGCCCGCUGCUUCAGACGGUCAUGGUUACGGGCCCGCUUCCGCGGUGGCGCAAUCCGCCUAAGCUGGUGGCACUGCCCGUCCCUCCGGCGGUCCCCAUCAAGGGGGAGAGUUUUUGUGGUCAAAGGGUGGCACCCAAUCCGGUGUUGGGUUUUGACAGUUUUGGAGGAGGGCAUUAUGGUCAUCUAGGAAAGCGGCAGAGAUUGCAUUGAAGAACCUGAAAUUAAGUUGCAUGCCUCCCGAGUCCUCGCAAGCAUCGUCGGUCAUCCAGUGAAACCGCCGAUCAUCGGGCGACAACUUCUCUUCAAAGUUCAGUCUUCAGUCUUCCAAGGAGAGAAGACUCCAACGGAUGGAGGAACGAUUUCCUGAAGAUGCUCAAUCAUUUCACUGAUAUUGUUUCCCUA